GUUUGAUAGAUGAUUAGAAUAUAACCAAAGUGGCAUGCUGAAUUCGCCAUAAUCAAGGAACCUUUUCCGGGUGGGGAACCUCAGAAAUUGCUCAGUGAGCAACCCUAAUUAACCUGAUUUUUUGCUGAUAAUCACUCUCAAUGGAAUCAAAUCACAAAUCCGGGGAUGGAUUGAGCGGCACCCAGAAGGAAGCGGCACUCCGCGCACUGGUCCAGCGCACAGGAUAUAGCUUGGUCCAGGAAAAUGGACAAAGAAAGUAUGGUGGCCCUCCACCAGGCUGGGAUUCUACACCCCCAGAAAGGGGCUGCGAGAUUUUCAUUGGGAAACUUCCUCGGGACCUCUUUGAAGAUGAACUCAUACCAUUGUGUGAAAAAAUUGGUAAAAUUUAUGAAAUGAGAUUGAUGAUGGAUUUUAAUGGUAACAACAGAGGCUAUGCAUUUGUAACAUUCUCAAAUAAGCAGGAAGCCAAGAAUGCAAUCAAGCAACUUAAUAAUUAUGAAAUUCGGACUGGCCGUCUCUUGGGAGUCUGUGCCAGUGUGGACAACUGCCGAUUGUUUGUGGGAGGAAUCCCCAAAACCAAAAAGAGGGAAGAAAUCUUAUCAGAGAUGAAAAAAGUCACAGAAGGAGUUGUUGAUGUCAUUGUCUACCCAAGUGCUGCUGAUAAAACCAAAAACCGGGGAUUUGCCUUUGUGGAAUAUGAGAGUCACCGAGCAGCUGCCAUGGCUAGGCGGAGGCUGCUGCCAGGAAGAAUUCAGUUGUGGGGACAUCCUAUUGCAGUAGACUGGGCAGAACCAGAAGUUGAAGUUGAUGAGGACACGAUGUCUUCCGUGAAAAUCCUGUAUGUAAGGAACCUUAUGCUGUCUACCUCGGAAGAAAUGAUUGAAAAGGAAUUCAACAGUAUUAAACCAGGUGCUGUGGAAAGAGUGAAGAAGAUCCGAGACUACGCUUUUGUGCACUUCAGUAACCGAGAAGAUGCAGUUGAAGCCAUGAAGGCUUUGAAUGGCAAGGUGCUGGAUGGUUCCCCAAUAGAAGUGACCUUGGCAAAGCCAGUGGACAAGGACAGUUAUGUUAGGUACACCCGGGGCACCGGUGGCAGGAACACCAUGCUGCAAGGAGAAUACACCUACCCUCUGAGUCAUGUUUAUGACCCUACCACAACCUACCUUGGAGCUCCUGUCUUCUAUACCCCCCAAGCCUAUGCAGCCAUUCCAAGUCUUCAUUUCCCAGCUACUAAAGGACAUCUCAGCAACAGGGCUCUCAUCAGGACCCCUUCUGUCAGAGAAAUUUACAUGAAUGUCCCUGUAGGGGCUGCGGGGGUGAGAGGACUGGGCGGCCGUGGGUAUUUGGCAUACACAGGCCUGGGUCGAGGAUACCACGUCAAAGGAGACAAGAGAGAAGACAAACUCUAUGAUCUUCUGCCUGGGAUGGAGCUCACCCCGAUGAAUACUGUCUCUUUAAAACCACAAGGAAUUAAACUUGCUCCUCAGAUAUUAGAAGAAAUCUGUCAGAAAAAUAACUGGGGACAGCCAGUGUACCAGCUGCAUUCUGCCAUUGGACAAGACCAAAGACAGUUAUUCCUCUACAAAGUAACUAUCCCAGCACUGGCCAGCCAGAAUCCUGCAAUCCACCCUUUCAUACCUCCAAAGCUAAGCGCCUAUGUGGAUGAAGCGAAGAGGUAUGCUGCAGAGCACACUCUACAGACACUAGGCAUCCCCACAGAAGGAGGGGACGCUGGGACUACAGCACCCACAGCCACAUCUGCCACUGUGUUUCCAGGAUAUGCUGUCCCCAGUGCCACCGCUCCUGUGUCUACAGCCCAGCUCAAGCAAGCAGUGACACUUGGACAAGACUUAGCAGCAUAUACAACCUAUGAGGUCUACCCUACUUUUGCACUGACCACCCGAGGCGAUGCAUAUGGAACCUUCUAAAGAUCCCUGUCCUCUAAGAAUAAGCCUUUAUAGAAGGAUCUGUAGAAGACACAAACCUCUAGCCAGAUCCCUCAUGAUCACAAGUCAUACCUUCCCCCAAAGCAAUGCCUUUCCUGAGACCACAAGAUUUAUUCAUCGUAUUACUCAUGAAAUGUGACUAUUAUUCUUCAACAAAAUCAAAUGUUAAGCUUUUAGCUUAACAGAAACCUGAAGAUCCACGGACAGCAAAAGUUGUUCUUCCAAGGAUCCUGAGUGUCUCAGGAAGAGGAUAACACCCUGACAAAUUAGCAUAUGCUCUUAGUACGGAGAGCUGGGCAGUCCAUAGUAAGGCACAGCCAGUAAAAUGCCCAUCUCAGUCACUGGCUGGCAGCUGCUACUUCAUUCACAGAACUUAGACACCAGAGAAAAGCACGAAGCUCUGUAAGAGGCCUUCAGCAUUACAUACAGUGUGGAGUAUGAUCCCAGGCUGAGCUCAGCAAAACUGUCUGAAACAUUAUAGAUUCCUUCUCACUUUUGGUCUGGACAUUCCACACUGUUCACCUGUCAUAGGUCGGCAUCCUCCUGUCCCUGCAACCUCUGGGGACUUUCUAGAAAUCAGUACAAUGUAUUUCAGAUAUACUUGAGACAAAUCCAAGCCCUGUAUUUAUUCAACUCUUUAAGCCACUGUUUUCCUUCAGGAUCCUUUCCCUGCCCAAGGAUUCCCAAAUCACAGAAACCAUGCCAGUACCAAGUUCUAGAGUGAAAGAUGACUUUGUGUUUUUUAUUUUUUGGUCAGGAAAUUCUGGCUUGUCCAUACUCAUUUGCUUUCAUCUCAGACUCAUUUUGCUGAUCCCAAACACUAUAAAGUAAAUCAGACCUACAUAAAAAUCACUAUGAUAUUUUCAUAAUCAGAAACUUGACCAAAAAGUCAUUUCAAAGAGAAAAGUGUUUGGCUUUUGUCUCGCUGGGUAGCCCAGGCUGGCCUCUAUCUUGAUCUUGUGAUCCUCCUGCCUCUGCUCCCCCCAUGCUGGUGUUGUUUACACACAACACCAUACUCAUCUCCAAGAAGUUGCAUUAAAAUUGAGGUUACCUUUGAGUUCUCUA